AGCAGAACUCCAUUUCCGGGCGUGCCCCUGAAUGGGCGCGCAGGCGCAGUAAGUGUCGGGCUCAGGGGAGGGAAGCCGCUGCCCGGAAGAAGUCCCGGCUCGCCAGGCGCCUGCGCAUUGACGAUCUGUGCGCGGGACCAGGGAUCCUGCGAAGCCGCCGCCGAAGAUGUCGAGCCUGGCGUCCGCCAGCUGCGAGCCCCCGGGCCCCGAGCCGCAGGAGAAGAAGCCGCUGAAGCCCUGCUGCGCCUGCCCCGAGACCAAGAAGGCGCGGGAUGCCUGCAUCAUUGAGAAAGGGGAGGAGCACUGCGGGCCUCUUAUUGAGGCUCACAAGGAGUGCAUGAGAGCCUUGGGGUUUAAAGUAUGAACGAGAUGAGCAGCGGGGCUGUAUGCAUGGUGAUUUGCUGUUGGGUGACUGGUUUCUCGGGUGGCUGAACAAUAUUAAGUUAUUUCUGCAAGCUACUUCAAAGAACAAACUUAUGAGAAAUCUAUUUAUAAAGAAUUUCUAAUAAAAACCAUAUGUAUAUUGCCUCUGUGGCACCUCCAUUAUCUGAUCUUGACUGGCUGAUAGAGAUAUAUUUUCCUCUUAAUAAAGGAUUUUAAAAUGCUCA